ACACAAUGUUUUCAAAACUCUGCAAUGAAUUCACAUGAAUUUGCUUAAUGUGAAACUAUCUUUUACUUUUUUGGGCGGGUUGUUAGAAAUAAAAGCUGAGGCAUGUGUGAUGCAGUCAGCCAUUCCUCUGGAAAUACGACCGAAGAUCGGGAAUAAAGAGCAAAGCUGAUAGGAGGUGCUAUUCCUACAACAAAGGAUGUGGAAGAACAUACUCCUCUUUCUCAGCCUUUCAGGGCUUGUGGGACACCAUGCGUCUCCCAUCACCAAAUUCUACCACUAUGUGGAUCAGAAAAUGACCUGGACUGAUGCUCAGCGUCACUGUAGGGAGCACUUUGAUGACCUGGCCACCGUAGUCAACCCGGAAGAACUCAAGCAGCUGCAAGAGUCAAUGAUUGGGUCUGAUAAUGACAAUGACAGCAUGUGGAUCGGACUUUAUGAUGACAUCACCAGAUGGUUCAAUUACAACCAAACCUACAUAAUGGGCAAACACUAUGGCAAUUGGGCACCUGGUGAACCCAACUUCGGGGCAGCCGAAGAGAUUUGUACAAAGAUAAAUCAGAGUACAGGGCAGUGGAUGGAUGUUCAAUGCAGCAAUCCAAACAAGGUGGUCUGUAUAAAUGAUGAAGGAGACUACACCUAUGUCCCAGACCAAAUGACUUGGCACAAGGCGCUGGAAUUAUGCAAGUCUAAUAACACUCAGUUGGCCAGUGUGAGAGACGCGUCUGAGAACACAAAACUCGUUGCAGUUCUUGAAUCAGAUGCAUGGCUUUGGCUCCACAGAAGGCCAUGGUCCCACUGGUCUGACGGGAGAGGAGCCUCUUACUUUAAUUGGAAAACAGGGGAGCCAAACAACAGUGGAAACAAUGAACAUUGUAUUUUUUUGAGGUUUAACACAGGACUUUAUUAUGAUUACAAUUGUGGAUCAUUGUUAAACGUCGCCUGCCAGCAACGGGCCAAAACCUCAACCUUCAAGUUGAAGAUCAGCUCUGAAGCUAACCUGAUGGAUCCUGAGGUUCAACACCAGUUUGUGGAACAGCUCUCCGCCAAACUGGCCAAGGAAGGCGUGACUGGCGUUAAGCUCCAUUUGGUUCUGAAGGAAGGAAAGGACCAGCGGCCUCAGAAAUGAGGAGCUAUUUUCUGUAGUUGCAUGUCUGUAUAUGAUGGGCCCUGUUUAAACGAGAGAAAUAUCUAGAUUCUACAACUGUUUUUUAUUUUUAUUGCAAUUAUAAGAAUUAAUAAUUUAAUUAAUAAUCUAAUUAAAUUUAAUAAUUAUAAUUUUCAUUGCAUGGAAUGUUUCAGAUAUUUGCAUAAGACGCCCCCUUGCUAUAGUGGUUGACGACCAAUGAGGUAAGAGCUAAGCAUGUGUCUUGACAUCACUUCCCCAAGAGAUCCGGUCUAGUUAACAGAGCUCUUGACAAUCUAGAUUGAAUGUAGCAUACACCCCCUCCGGAGAUGGUGUUGACAAUCUGGGAAACCUUUGCAUUGCAAUUUAAAAAACUAGUUAAAUAGCAAAAAAAAACUUUUAAAGCAAAUUCAGUAGGCCAAAGAAA